CAGCUCUCUCUCUCUCUCUCUCUUUUUUUUUUCAAGACACUUGAUUUUAACUUUACACAAUGGACGAGUUGGAGCAGCUUGAAAAGCUCUCCCUUGUGAACAAGGUUAUCAGUGAACUAUAUAACCAUACUGGUCUUAGUGACAAAGUUUUAGCUGAAUAUAUUUUGCAUUUACACGACGAAGCCAACGGAUCAGUACAAAAGUUUAAAGACUCGCUCAAGGAUGCCGACUUCUCUGAGUCAUUUAUUGAAAACUUGGAUCGUAUUAUCAACACCAUGAAACCAAAGAAAAAGCUCGCUGAGCAAUCGGCAGAAGAAAAAGCAGAAAAGCUACCCGGCCUUGCCUUGGCAGACGAUCCAAAGUGGCUCAAGAAACGACAAGAAGAUUUGGAUGUAGCAGAAGAUAUGAUGGCCGAAUUAGAACAAGGUGCUGUAGAACAACGAUCCCGCAAUACACGUGACGAUCGCAAUCGGUCCCGUUCACCUUCUCCUGCUUCUCGACGACGACGAGACCGAUCACGUUCACGCAGUCCUUCACGACGCCAUCGACGACACGACAGAAGCCCACCGCCAGACCGCCGACGAAAUGAGAUUGACGAUACACCCGUAAUGUACAAGAUUUAUGACGGAAAGGUCACAAACAACUCCAAGGACUUUGGUGCUUUUGUUCAACUGGAAGGCGUGCGUGGACGAGUGGAAGGAAUGGUUCACAUCAAACAAAUGGCGUCGGGCAUGAUCCGACAUCCAAGUGAUGUUGUGCAGCGUAAUCAGCGAGUCAAGGUUAAAGUGAUGUCGAUCGCUGGAAAUCGGAUCGGUUUGUCAAUGAAAGAUGUCGAUCAGCGCACGGGUCAAGACUUGACACCCCAUUUGCGAGUCAGGUCCCAAGAAGAGAUAGAGUCGAUGGCAAGCCGUAACCCGGACCGACCAGGCGCAAUUCCUCCUAGCAGACGUUUCGAAGACGACGGUCCUUCGCGUGCCGUUAAGCGCAUGUCAUCACCUGAACGCUGGGAAAUCAAGCAGUUAAUUGCCUCCGGCGUAGUCAACCCGGCCGACUAUCCAGACUUGGAUCAGGAAGAUCAGGAUUUCGCAGCAGAUAUGGAGGCAGAAGAAGAAAUCGAUGUCGAAGUGCGAGAAGAAGAGCCUCCUUUCUUGUCAGGACAGACAAAGAAGACAUUGCAGCUUAGUCCGGUCAAGGUUGUAAAGAUUCCUGACGGAACGUUGAAUCGAUCUGCAUUGGCAGGUGCUGCACUUGCAAAAGAACGUCGUGAACUUCGCCAUCAGCAGCAGAAUGAAGAAAUGGACGCGGUUGCAAAGGACGUCAACCAGCCAUGGCAGGAUCCGAUGCCAGAACCAGGCCAGCGACAGUUUGCUCAAGAUAUGCGUGGUCAGGCUGCAGGCGCUAAAACUGAAAUGGCAGAAUGGAAGCGAGCUACAUUCAAUAAUGCGACUAGUUUCGGUAAAAUUACCAGCUUGUCGAUCCAAGAACAGCGAGAAUCGCUGCCUAUUUAUAAGUUGCGUGAUUCUCUUGUACAGGCUAUUGCAGAGAACCAAUUUUUGGUAGUCGUUGGUGAUACCGGUUCUGGUAAAACGACACAGAUGACGCAGUAUCUUGCAGAAGAAGGUUUUGCGAACCGGGGUAGAAUUGGCUGUACCCAACCUCGUCGUGUCGCUGCCAUGUCUGUCGCCAAACGUGUCGCCGAAGAAGUUGGUUGUCGUGUGGGUCAAGAAGUUGGCUACACUAUUCGUUUCGAGGAUUGUACGAGCCCAGAAACGCGCAUCAAGUACAUGACUGACGGUAUGCUUCUGCGCGAAUGUCUGAUCGAUCCUGCCAUGUCGAACUACUCGGUUGUUAUCCUUGACGAAGCUCACGAACGCACUAUUUCAACCGAUGUGUUGUUCGGUCUUUUGAAACGUAAGUGGCUAUCUGCUUGAUGUCUUAUAUUCCAUGACGACUUGCAUACUCAUAUGAGAUGGAUUUUUUAGGUGCUGCUAAAAUUCGACCCGACCUCAAAUUGAUUAUCACGUCGGCUACGUUAGAUGCUGACAAGUUUGCCACGUACUUCAACAACUGUCCAAU